AUGCCUUCCCUGUCCAAGAGCAGUAGCCCACUCCCACCCGACACAGUUGUGACAAGCGCUAAAUACAAUGGGGAUGUUGGGAGACCCCUGAGCAGCUUAGGAGCUUCGCCACCCAACCUUUCAGAGCUGGACUCAGCGAGACAAGAGCCCCUCCAGACUCUCCACAGGUCCGUCCUGGAGGAGGUGUUCUCAAAAGGCCUCAGUGAGGACAAUAGUAAGGCCAACAGCGAGGGAGGAGGAGACGCGCCACAGAAGAGGACUAAGGACAUUGGCUACAGAUUGGGCCAGCGUAGAGCGCUAUUUGGAAAGCGCAAACAGUUGAGCGACUAUGCCUUGAUCUUUGGGAUGUUUGGGAUUGUUGUCAUGGUGACGGAGACGGAACUGUCCUGGGGGGUUUACACGAAGGAAUCCUCAUACUCAUUUGCUCUGAAAUGCCUUGUCAGCCUUUCAACUGCUGUAUUGCUCGGCCUCAUUGUGAUGUACCAUGCACGGGAAAUACAGCUCUUCAUGGUGGACAAUGCAGCUGAUGACUGGAGGAUUGCUAUGACGUAUGAGCGGAUCUUCCUGGUUGUGCUGGAGCUGCUGGUCUGUGCCAUCCACCCCAUCCCGGGCCAGUACAUCUUCACCUGGACAGCCCGGCUGACCUUCACCUACACACCCUCAUUGACCAAUGCCGACGUGGACCUCGUCCUCUCCAUCCCCAUGUUCCUCAGGCUCUACCUAAUCGGUCGRGUCAUGCUGCUGCACAGCAAGCUUUUCACGGACGCCUCGUCGCGAAGCAUCGGCGCCCUCAACAAGAUCAACUUCAACACGCGGUUCGUCAUGAAGACCCUCAUGACCAUCUGCCCUGGCACGGUGCUGCUGGUCUUCAGCGUCUCUUGUUGGAUCAUCGCGGCGUGGACGGUGCGUGUAUGUGAGAGGUAUCAUGACACACAGGAAGUGACCAGUAACUUCCUCGGGGCCAUGUGGCUCAUCUCUAUCACCUUUCUCUCCAUUGGUUAUGGAGACAUGGUCCCUCACACUUACUGUGGAAAGGGUGUGUGUCUACUGACUGGAAUCAUGGGGGCUGGCUGCACUGCACUGGUGGUUGCUGUAGUUGCCAGGAAGUCCGAGUUGACCAGAGCUGAGAAGCAUGUUCACAACUUUAUGAUGGACACUCAGCUCUAUAAACGAGUGAAAAACACAGCUGCCAAUGUGCUCAGAGAGACAUGGCUUAUCUACAAACACACCAAGUUAGUCAAGAAGAUUGAUCACGCCAGGGUACGCAAACAUCAGCGGAAAUUUCUGCAAGCCAUUCACCAACUGCGCAGAGUCAAACUGGAACAGAUGAAACUCACAGACCAGGCUAACACACUUGUGGAUCUAGCCAAGACUCAGAAUAUGAUAUACGACCUGGUGUCUGACCUGCAGCUGCGCAGCGAGGAGCUGGAUAGGAGGAUUGGUAGUUUGGACGACAAACUGGACUCCAUCCUAGUCAAUCUGCAGGCCCUACCCAGCCUGCUCUCCCAGGCGGUCACACAGCAGCACAAGGACUUCCUGGAUUGCUUGGCCCACCGUGUACGGAAAGCCUCGUCGGAAUCUGAGCUUCACUGGGUUCCCGCUAGGUGCCAACGGUCCCUUUCCACUGCACCACAGACCAUACCUUACAGCUGACAGCCUAGCCACAUUGCCACUAUUGUGACCUUAAAUUAUUUAUUUAAUAGUGUAUUUCAUACUACCCCAGGGACAGGGGCAUUCUAUCCUCUGACAAUGAAUUUGAGCAUGGUUAUACCUCUCCAGCCCCAUCCCUCAGCCGUUUACCAAAAGAAGUAGCGGGCGGCCGGUUUGUUGUUUUCCAAAUCCUGGAAUGCCAGUCUGUGUACCUGGGCCAUUCUUGAAUUGCGGUGGCAUUUAGGCAUGGCAUUUAGAGAAUA